UUUUGGUAUGGCCACUGCAUUCUCGUCUCGUAAGACUGAUGUAUGGGCAUCCAGGAUGUGGCUUUUACCCAAUAACUCGAUCUCCAGAAGCUCAUUUGAAGCUUCGAUAAGAACAUUUGAGAUCUCAAGAAAUAUUGAAUGAUGAUCUCCAUGUUUGAGAGAUUCCUUGAGACUCUUGUCGAGUGCUCGUGACAUUGGAAGGAUCAAAGGAAGCAGGUAGGUGAAGAGUAUAGGGUAAGUUUGAGACAACCAACGUGGUGUGGAGGGGUUCAAUGGAGCUCUUUGCAAGUGUCGGGGCUAGAUGACAUGGCUUGACCACGUAUAACAAACCACCAAAACCAACAUCACCAUCAACUUCACGAGCUUGAACUUAAACCGGUCCAGGGCCGAAUACACAGUGCAUACGCUCGAAUCAUAUCAUCUGUCGCUGCUGAUACACUUUCGACCCCCCAAGAUGGCCUUCCUUAAUGCUCAGCAUCUUCGUUGUCGAAGUUGUCGGCUACAUCGCCAUAACAUUGGAGGCGGCGCCAAUCAACAAUUUGCUCUGGACAAUAAUCAACUUCCUCCCCGUAUCAACAGCAAAGGCUGCAGGCGAGCAACGCAAGCUCCAGGCCGAUUACCUCAAGGUCCGACGAGAUCUGAACUCCACGAGUAGUCAGGAUGAAUUUGCCAAGUGGGCAAAGCUCCGUCGUCAGCACGACAAGCUCCUCGAGCAGCUAGAGAAGACCAAGAAAACCAACGAGGCAGCUCGAUCAAACUUUGACAAGAUCCUCACCGUUCUCCGAGUCGUCGUUACACGCGCGCCGCAAUACUUCCUGCCCUUCUGGUAUGCCACAGAGCCCAUGUUCUGGCUUCCUUACGGCUGGUUCCCAUACUGGGCAGAAUGGAUUCUGUCUUUCCCUCGCGCCCCCAUCGGAAGUGUCAGCAUCGCUUCGUGGCAGUUGGCAUGCACAGGAGUUAUUGCGCUUUUCAGCGACUUGAUCGUGGGUAUCGCUGGUCUGCUCCUCAACGCGAAGCAGGCCAAGGAAGCACCCGUCGCAGCCGAGAAGGUCGCGGCGGAGGAGAAGAAGAAGUCAUAAGCAAACGGCUGUGAUAGAUAUAGCUAGUUCGCGCACAUAGUGAAAAUAUGCAUAUUUACAGGCAAAGCUUGACUACGAUUGGAGAUGUAUCUCUUAGAUAAAUUUGACGCAAAGUUCCUCAUUGCCGAAGCUGAGACUUUGUAACACGACAGAGAAUAACCCUUGGCAGGGUAUUUGGGGCUUGAUCUAGG